AUGUUUGCCCUAUCGACCUGUGCGAGGUGCGCGGAGCCCAUCCCGCACAACGCGCCGCGGUGCUCUCGCUGCCGCACGCGCUACUGCGGCGCCGCGUGCCAGGCCCAGCACUGGAACGCGGGCGGUCACAAGGACCUCUGCAAGAAAAUUAAGAAGCGCGGCGGCGCCGAGAAGGCCAACGCCGACGCCAAGUACAAGGCGGCCGUGACGGACGCCGUCGAGGACUGCAAAGAAGCCACGAAGGGCCAGACCUGCUUCAUCUGCACGGAGGGCGCCGAGCGCCGCCACACGGCGAACGAGGGCCUCGUGACCGGCUAUUGCGCGUGCCGCGGGACGGCGGGCUUCGUGCACAUUAGCUGCCUGGUGGAGCAAGCGAAGCUCGCGGUCGCGGACGAUAUGUCGCGGGAGGAGCAGUGGGAGAAGUGGUCGCGGUGGAACACGUGCCGCCUGUGCCACCAGCCGAUCCGGGGCAAGGUGAAGUGCGCGAUCGGCUGGGCGUGCUGGAAGGCCUACGCGGACGGGUCCUACCUGGACCGGGCGAGCGGUACGUUCAAGGCCGAGUUGAAUACGUUCCAGGCGUUUAACGCACUCGGGGACAGCUUGCCCCACGAGGAGGCGCUGACCAUCUACCAGACCCUCUUGGCUGCUACGAAGAUCGCGGCGCUUCAUGAUGCGAAUUACAGGGCCAUGAUACUCGUCGCCGAGACGAACGUCGCAAAGGUCUUGGAAGAACUCGGCCGGCACGACGAGUCGCUGGAGAUAAGGCGCGGCCUCCUCGGGCGGACGAAGGCGUACCACGGCGCGACGUCCAGAGAUACGUUCAUCGAUGCGCUCAACCUGGGAAAUAGUCUCUUCGAGACGAAGAAAUACGAGGAGGCGAAGGCACUCCUGCCCGAGUAUGUGGACUCGUGCUGUGCAACGUACGGCCCGGACCACCGCCUGACGCUGAAGCUGCGGUUCUCGCUCUGUCGAUCCCGGGGCGUCGUCUGGGAUGGUUCCUUCGAAGAGGUGUGUGAGUCCGACAAAGACCUGGCGGACAUCGAUCGGCGCGCGCGGAGGGUGUUAGGCGAGGGAGACCCCUUCAUCCAAAACAUCAAGGCCGAACAACUCAAACGGAAGAUCUACCACGACGGUAUGGCCAAGGCCGGCGACAAGCAGCGCAGCGACGCGGAGAUCGAGGAGAUGUUCACGGCGGCUGCUGCGGAGAACGGCGUGGACGUCGCCAAGGCCGAGGCGGCGGCACGCGAGCGGGAGCGCGAGGCGGAACUGCAGAAACGAUUGGUGGUGGUCGCGCCAAGCCCGAGUGGUGAAAACCGAACGAUAGUAGCUUCGCUUGACGCGAUAAAUGAAAAGGGCGUACUCGCGCCGGAAUUGCGGAAGCAUAUAUAUACGGUCGCGGAGGCGACGGCGAAGUUCGGCACGAAUCGCCCCAAGAUGACGAAGAUGAUUAGAGAUGUUGUAACUGGGCAUGAUGCCGCGAAACCGAAGCCGGCGGCGGCCCCGAAACCAAAGCCGGCGCCGGCGCCGGCCCCGAAGCGCGCGGGCAUCGACUACUCGAAGUGGGACAACCUAGAAGACAGUGACUAA